AUGCGAUUAUGUCCUCCGAGGAAGACGGGGGCAAAGCGCCAGUUUGGGAACAAUAAACGUCAUAAGAUCGACCUCGUUGGCGCUGCUGUGUCUGUGAAGCCACACAUUCUCACACGGGUGCCUAACAAGACGCAGCGCAACGUACAUUGCCAACUCUCAAACAGUAAGCCCCAGCGCGUGUCUUUCCCGGAUAAGGCCAAUCUCAUCCCAUAUCAGAUCGCCUCGACGCAGGCCACGCAGAUCAGUGUCCCGGAUCACAAGCGACUGGCCGACAACCGCGUGGCAUCCCUGCCCACCUGCGACUUUUCUCCAAUUCCUGCAUAUGGGCGCGCAUGA